AUGUCGGCUCUACUCAUCACGGUCCUGGACCGGCCUACCAGCACACCUCGGAUUCUGUUCCUGCAGUAUUUGUUCAUCUUCAGCUCCGGUAUUGGAACUUACUCUUCUCAAUUCUUGGAACACAAUCUACGGUCCAUUGAUCCGUUCCGCAUCGCAAGACUAACUCUUUCUUUUCUCGGCGUCAUUGCUAUUGGUAGUAUGCCGCUCCGAAACCCAGCCUGGGAUUCCCAAGAUAUUGGAAGCUCAAAGCUGCCACCAUCUCAUCAUGUCCGAAGCCCAGAAGAUAAUCUUACACUCUUCAAAUUCUGGACCGUGACGUGGGUAUAUCCACUCGCCCGCGUCUGUCGCAAGAAAGAAAUCACGGUCGAAGACGUUUGGCAACUACCCCUCGAGUUCCAACACAAACGUCUAUUUCUGGCCUUCCGCGAGAUUCAGGGAAAACUUCUCCCCUGUCUGAUCGAAGCAAAUGGCCUGGAUUUGAGUAUUGCCACCAGUCUUGCUGUUGUUGAGAAAUUCUCCGAGGUAUCCACCAUUCGCCUCACCAGCCGCCUCUACAGUGCGCUGGACCAUGGGAACCCAAACGAAGCCAACUUUUGGUGUGUGGUAAUGCUAUGUCUGGAUUUUGUCCGACAGGUUUCCAAAACGACAUCUUCUUGGUACUCUCGGAAGGCCUAUGAAAGGUCUAGGGGUGAGACUUUCAUUGCGCUGUUUCGCAAACUUCUCACACGAGCCGUUCCAGGAUCAGAUGUCACUGAGAAAGGUCCACAAGAGGACGGCGCCGACUCCCUGACGGAGACGGAUAAUUCUGGACGAGGAGGGUGGUUUAGUUGCUGCAGCCGACGCAAGCAAAAAGCUUCAUCAUCUUUCGCAACAGCAGCCCCUGCAUCCAAUGCGAAGGUGGUCAACCUUGUGCGGGGAGACACCUACGAAAUUUCUCAGCGCUUCUGGGAUUUCCCAAAGCUUGUGUCCCAGCCCAUCAAGGUUAUCAUGACAAUUUACUAUCUCAUCGACAUCAUGGGUUGGCCGUCGUGCGUUGGCUUUGGACUCAUGAUCAUCUUCAUGACCAUCAACGCACUCCUCGUUCGCAAAGUCGUGCAACUGGAACGUUCUAGGACCGCACACUCUGACAAGCGCGCGCAAGCUGUGGCUCACUUUGUAGAAGCCAGCAGACCUUUGAAACUCAAUGGCUGGACAACUUCUUGGAGUGCUAGGAUAUUCCAAUUUCGAGCCAUGGAAAUGCUGAAGCGACUGCAGAUUGCACGGGUUACCGCAGCGAUAUCUACCACCAAUGUCGCUGGAGGCUCGGCCUACCCCUUUGCCAGUAUCUGUUUGUAUACCUUGAUUCUUCGACAAGGUCUGCCCAACGACGUCAUUUGGCCAUCUUUACAGCUCUUUCAUCAAUUGGAGACGAGCGUCAAGGAGGCUUUUGAUCUAAUUUCUGCUUAUUGGAAGGCAGUAAUACCCGUCGAGCGUGUCAAUAAAUACAUGGAAGAGCCAGAUCGGGACGACAAUGAUCUCGGAACUACCGAUACUAGGGAUAUCGAGUUUCGUGGCGCUUCAUUCGCUUGGCCCUCUACGAGCCAUUUGGUUCUUUCUCGCCUCAAUCUUAGAUUUACCACAGGACUCACAGUCAUUCGCGGGAAGGUUGGUUCUGGGAAGUCCAGUCUGUUGCUUGCAGCACUGAACGAAAUGGAGCUGCAUGGUGGUGAUCUUCUUCGACCAGACGAACCGGUUGGCUAUGCGCAACAGCUUCCAUGGUUACAGAAUAAAACAAUUCGAGAGAACAUCGUCUUUCAUCAACGCUUCGAUGUCGCCCGAUACCGGCAAGUUCUGCAUGCCUGUGCGCUUGGACCCGACCUUGCAGCUUUUCCAGAUGGCGAUCUCACAAAGUUGGAGGAAGGCGGUGUUGGGUUGUCUGGCGGCCAGAAAGCGAGGGUUGCUUUGGCCAGAGCCGUAUACAGUCCUUGCAGGAUUCUUCUUUUGGACGAUCCUCUUGCUCCUCUGGAUCAUGACACUGCGAGCAACAUCGUACGUCGAUUCUUGCAAGGGCCUCUGGCUAAGGAGCGCACAAUUGUCAUGGUCACUCACCGUGACGACUUGGUACUGCGCAUUGCUGAUCAAGUCAUUGAUAUGGACAAUGGGGCCGCUAGGACUUUGUCGCAAUCGGAAAUCAAAGAUGAACUUGAACAUCCCUAUCAUGCUACGUCCCAAAAUACUGUGGUGGAGGAGCAUGAACCACAUCACGAGACCCACGAAGAUGAAGGGGCAGAUUUGCACGAGGCACCGGAAGAGCCUUCAGAGACGGGUAGCGUGCCUCUGGCAGUCUAUUUGAACUACAUGAGGGCCGGUGGAUGGUAUACGUGGGCAUUGCUAGCCCUGUUCUACGGAAUUUCUAGAUAUUGCGAUGUUUCCGCAGCAUCGUUACUUGAAUCAUGGGGAAAUGAAACGGCAAAAGACGGUGUCAUCUCUGGCGAAGUACACUGGAACCUCCCUACUCCCGAACGGUUUCCGCAAAUCUGGCUAGCUGUGCUCGGCGGUCUUGGAAUGGGUCAAAUUAUAGCACAUUGUACGGCUCAAUUGCUGCUUGCUCAGAUCUCUGUCAAUGCCGCUCAAGGCAUUUUCAAGACUGCUGUCGACCGAGUGAGCAAGGCCACGUUCCGCCACCACGACACUACGCCUACUGGCCAGCUCAAAAACCGGCUCAUCUCUGACAUGGGCAUGGUUGACGGUGGGAUUCUUGCACCACUGGAAGGCUUUGUCUACAAUUUCAUUGCUCUUGUUUUGAGUAUCGUCGGUAUUGCGACACACCAGCCAAUACUGCUCGUUAUCCUGGGCACUGUGGCUAUCCUAUUCGUUUACUUUUUCAGAAUCUACGUUCCAGUUUCACGCAGUUUGCGACGCAUGGAAAUGAGAUAUCUGACCCCCAUCAUUGCCAACAUUGGCGUGAUGCAGGACGGUCUUGUCACUAUUAGAGCGCUCCGGGUAGAAAGUCGUUUCCAAGACAGGCACUUGGACGCUGUGGAUGACUUUCAGAAGCAGGACCACUUUUUCUGGAGUAUGGCUUUCUGGAUCGACUUUCGCCUCGGUAUAUCGUCUGCCGGCACUCGAGCUGCUCUGGUUUUUUUCAUGAUUUGGCGUGGAACGCCAGCAAGUGCUAUUGGAUUUGUGUUGACACAGACGACGGUUGCUAUGGGAUCCAUCCAACAGCUCUGCGACAAAUUUGCCCAGCUUCAACUUGACGCCGUGUCCCUUGAGCGUGUCAGCGUACUCGACAAGAUCCCGGAGGAGCCGAGUGGCGAGGAGGAGCCACCUGAGGAGUGGCCCAGGCCAUGUGACGACGUCAAAUUUGAGUCCAUGUCCUUCAAAUAUGCAGAAGGACUGCCGAAUGUUCUCGAAAAGGUGACGUUUCAGAUUCCUGGAGGAGCUACAUGCGCGGUGCUUGGAAGAACGGGGUCGGGAAAAUCAACCAUAGCCAACGCGCUCCUGGCGACGGACACGGCGUCGGAAGGCACAGUCAAGAUCGGCGGUGUAGAUGUUGCCAAGGUCAACCGCACCGCUCUUAGAAAUCGUGUCACAUUCAUUCAGCAAGACCCCACGCUGUUUCCGGGAACUCUGCGCGAUAAUAUCGACCCGGAGGGUAAAUUCUCAGACCAGGAGUGCGAAAAUGCGAUUCAAAGUGUUCUUGGGAAGGAAUGGGGAUUAGCGUCGCAAAUCGACGCGGGCGGCAAGAACCUCAGCCAGGGACAACGGCAGUUGGUUGGCAUCGGACGAGCAGUGUUGCGCAAGAGCGGGCUCGUCAUUCUGGAUGAAGCAACAGCGUCCAUAGACCGCGGGACUGCGGCCACGGUGCAACGAAUCUUGCGAGAGGAACUGUCCAAGAGUACAGUCAUCACCAUAGCUCACCGGCUCGAGGCUGUCGAGGACGCAAAUUGGUGCCUCCGUCUUGAACGGGGACAAGUCUUGAACUGUGGUCCCGCAGAGAACCUCGGCAAGAAGAAGAGCGAGGAGAAUGACGACAAGUAA